CUGUGAGUAACAGAGCGGGAACGGAGAGUAAGCUAUAGUAAUCGAAUUCAGCAGCGUUCAGCAGUGUCGCGAGCGUCGAGGCGGGCCAGGCCGUCGGAUUCGUCGGAUUGGUGGAACCGGUGGAGUCUGGGCAAAAAGAAGUGGUCGCGGCUGUUUGCUGCUGCUCAAUAAAGAUGCUGAAACGUGCCUUUAUUUUGUAUUUAGUACCUAUAGUUGUGCGUAUAGAAAGCGUUAUGUCUUUUGAAAAGGAAAUGACAAUAAGCAUUGAUUCCAGACGGGAGGAAUGUUUCUAUCAACCUGUUAAACGCGGACAAGUAAUUGAUGUUGAAUAUCAAGUCAUUGAUGGCGGACAGGGAGAAAUUGACAUCUCAUUUCACUUAGCUACCCCAUCAGGGAGGAUAGUUGUAUCAGAUUUAAAGAAGCCUGAAAAUUCUCAUAGGAUAGAAGCAUCGGAAGAAGGAGAUUACAGACUGUGCUGGGAUAAUACAUUUAGUCAUUUUAAUAGCAAAACUGUCUUCUUUGAAAUUAUCAUAGAAAGUGAUGAUGAUGAUGAAAGAGAUCCAUGGGACAUUGACUUUGAAAAUUAUGGUGGCUUAAGCCCUGAAGAAUUGUAUGAUAUAAAAAUACAGGAUAUUCAGGAUGCAAUAAAUCGUGUGCGAACCCAUCUAGUAAAAAUCCGACAUAUCCAAGACACCCUACGUGCUUUUGAGGCAAGGGAUAGAAACAUUGCAGAAGGCAAUUUUGUUCGAGUGAACUAUUGGUCCAUGAUCCAGAUUGCUGUGAUGCUUUUUGUAGGAUUAAUACAGGUGGUAAUGGUCAAAAGUUUGUUUGAUGACAAGUCUCGUGUUCAUCGCUUCUGGAAGAGUGGCAUCACCUCUUGAUGAUGGCAUUGUUUUUUCUAGUUCAUAGUUUCCUGUGUUUGUUUUUAAACUGGCUUUUUACUGUGGUUACCAUACACCUUACCAAAUAAAUGAGACAAGUUUUGUUGAAGCAUUGUUUGAUGAAGACUUCAGGUCUAAGAGUUUUGUUUUUAGCUCCCAGUCAAGAGGAUUCAGCAGUGAAACAGUAGAGAAAGUAAUGGAGUUCUCUGAAAUUUAGUGUGAACCAAACUAAUGUCAAGUAUGUCAGUGAUGUAAAGUAAUACGGAUUAAAAUUAUGCUUUAUAGAUGCAGGAUAUUAAAAAUUGUGCAGAUUGCAUCUUAAGCAAGAAACUGCAUAAUAAUAAUUCUGGGAAACCAGUGUCAGCUCCAUAUUAUUUUCCAUUCUUGUCUAAAUAAACUUAAGUUUUAAUUACAGUCGUAAUAAUUCUCAAUUUUAUUGUAAGUUUGUGAUAAAUUUAUAUACAGUAUAUAUCGUGUAGUGUAUCUUACAAACAUAAUUUUGUGCCAUUAUAAGCAGCUCAGAAAUUAAGAGCAUCAAAUGAACAAAGUUUUAAGUUGUUUGUAUAGUGUAUAGCAGUAUAUAGCAUUAAAUCUGAGAAUUUGUUUUGAAACCUGGCUGCCUAAAAAUGAAGGGGUGCCUAGAAAUCCCUGAAGCGUCAAUACGUUUUGCUGUUUCUGCUAAUGUACCUGUAUUCAUUUUGUGUUCAGUAAUAUUUAGAGGAACUCUGUUAUAUAUGAGAUCACAUUUCUUUGAAAGACAUUUACCAGUCUUGUCCAUAGUUCUCAUCUUCUUCAUGUGGUUACAUGACUGCUAAAAAUCAAUGAACUUUCAUGCUGAAAGUAUACUUUACGCAUUCUCUGUACUCUUCACCUGCAAGUGUUCCUGUCAGGUACAUACAACCAUAAUGGUGUAUUAUUACAGUUUAUGAAUUACGUGUAUCAAUACGAAAUGUUACAUUGUAUCAUUUACUUGCAACACUUACCGUGGCAGUGUACCUUAGUUGAGAUGUACAAAUAUUGAGUUUCAUUUCUUUAGUAACAGUCUAUUUUAGCAAAGUUCAUUUGUCAACCUACAAACACAAUCACUCUUUAUUAAAUGGCUCAUACAAACAUAUUUCAGGACUCAUUAUAAUAUUAAUACAUUGUUGUUUAUGCACAAAUUUUCAAGGUACCAAACUUGAAUUAUUCUAGUAAUUCUUCUCUACACCAUUUCAAUCAAUAUAUUCUUUUUCUCAUCCUUUAAUACUUUGUGUUUUAUAUUAUUUGGGCAUUAAACUUAUUCUUCAUUGCUGAGUUCUUUUCUAUAUGUGUGUAUUCUUAACUUGUUCCUGAAUAUUUGGUGAUUCACCCUCUUCAUUUGACUCAUCAUUCUCACUUCUAAAAUUGACAUGUAAGUAAAUUUGAUAAACUGUAUCUGGUUCAGGUAUAUGCACCUCAUCUUAAAACCCAGAUUUUGAGCUAAACGAUGUUUGCAAAAUAGUUCGUGUUUUUUAAAUUAACAAUGUUAAAUUUUCAUGCUAAUCAAGAAAUUUAAUAUGUUUGAAAUUUUUUAUGCAAGAGGCAGUGGGCAGAUGUUUCUGCACAAGCACAUCACUUUUAUUUUCAGUCGUAUGUUAAGAAGGACUUUCUCAGUCUUGUUAAUAAAUAAAUACUCUAGGGUUCUCUUU